UAAAGAGAAAAGCGAAAGGUGUUCAGGGAUGACGCCGAGAUCCGCCACACUCUCUAUUUUUCACUGAUCACCAAAAUACGGAAAAUUAGUGGACACUGGACAGUUCACUUGGAAGGGACGCAGCCUGUCUCUGUGCCCGCUUGCGUAUGUGCCAUCACCUUGCUGGCAUCUCCAAUAUCGAGCCGUUCGGGGAAGGGUGUGUGUCAUGUCCGGGUCCGUGCGUGUGAUUGCCUGCGGGGGGCUCGGCUUGGAGAUGCAGCAAGAGGGAGCAGUUUCGAGGAAGUGACGGACGCCUCUCAGGGGACUGGCCAGAGGAAGUUUGCUCCAUGGUGGUGCCGUGCGCCGCAGCGAAACUUUCCCCCCUUUUUAGGCGCCAGCGACGCCGUGGAGCGGGUGGACGCGUAGAAAAAGCGGCGGAGGCAGCUUUUUGUUUCCGCACAAUUGAGGAAUACUAACUUGGGAUCGGGAGAGGAAGGAGGGGUGCCGCGGAGGAAUCUCACAAGCCCGUCCUUCUCCUUUGGUUUUUAACGCAUCCACAAUGGGGAAGGAGCAGGAGCUCCUAGAAGCGGCGCGCACGGGAAACCUAGCCGCGGUGGAGAAGCUUUUAUCCGGGAAACGACCAUCGACUGGCACUGGCAGCGGGUCGUACGGAACCGGUGGAAGUGGCAACAGCGGCGGCCACGCUGCCUCCUCGCAUACGCUCUCCAGUCUGCUCAGCAUCUGGAGAGGUCCCAACGUGAAUUGUGUGGACAGCACCGGAUACAGUCCGCUCCAUCACGCCGCCUUAAAUGGACACAGCGAAGUGGUGGAAAUGCUCCUGCGAAACGAGGCCUUGACCAACAUAGCCGACAACAAGGGUUGCUACCCUUUGCACCUGGCGGCGUGGAAGGGAGACGAGCGCAUUGUCAGGUUGCUCAUCCACCAAGGACCUUCCCAUCCCAAACUCAACGAACAGAGCUCUGUAGACCAUAAAGAGUUCAAACGCUGUGGGCCCUUUGACCCUUAUAUUAAUGCCAAGAACAAUGACAACGAGACCCCGCUGCACUGCGCCGCCCAGUACGGGCACUCGCAGGUAGUGCAGUUGCUGCUGGAAGAGCUGACGGACCCAACCAUGAGGAACAACAAAUUUGAGACUCCCCUAGAUUUGGCUGCGCUGUACGGCCGGCUCGAGGUCGUCAAGCUGCUGCUCAGCGCUCACCCCAACUUACUUAGCUGCAACACUAAGAAGCACACGCCGCUGCACUUAGCCUCCCGUAACGGACAUCUGUCUGUGGUGGAGGUGCUGCUUGACGCUGGCAUGGACAUUAACUAUGAGACGGAGAAAGGCAGUGCGCUCCAUGAAGCGGCCUUAUUUGGGAAGAUAGAUGUGGUACAGAAACUUCUCAGUGCAGGUGUCGAUGUGAACAUUCUGGACCAGAAGGGCUUGACAGCGCUGGACACUGUCAAAGACAUGCCCUCUCAGAAGAGCAGAGCAAUAGCUGGGCUUAUCCAAGGGCUUAUGAGCGGAAAGCCUCCUGACAUCGACCUUCCCCCUCCACCAAUCCCACAAUACCCGGAGAGCCCUCGAAACAAUGGCGAUCUGGCGAAAGUGAGCGAGUUGAUCUCGGGGCUGGCCCCGGACCCUGAGGAGGAGAGUCCUUAUGAAGCUCUGUUUGAAGCUACCUCUUGCCAUUCUCUGGACAGCCUUACAAGUGGCAAAUCCUCUGACAGGGAUUCUGGAAGGCCAGAGAGUGAAGCGGGAAAGAAAGAUCGCUUUAUCCACUCAUCACAUGCUGGUCCUGGUCUUGAAGAAGAUGUGAGCUCAGAGGGACUCAUUAUGAAUAGCAGUAUUGAUGAGCGCGGAGAGACUGCUGAGGAAGAGGAGGAUCACACGUAUGAGUUAUUAGUGACUGCGCAAACCAAAGUCCCAUCGCCAAGCCAAGAGUCACAAUUUUAUGAAGAUGAAAACGCACGUAUCCAGUCAUCUAACAGUGUCCUACCUCAGUGCAAAUCCAACGUCCCAAAUAACUCCACAAAAGAAACACUGCAUCCCUCAGGACGGGUGGAGCUACGAGCAUUAGAAGAUAACUCCCAGCUCAGCCCGGAUCAGGGUGCAGGUAUCCCGGAGCAGUUCACUGGCCUUCUGCACGGAUCAUCUCCAGUGUUUGAUUGCAGCGAGCAGCCGUUCAGAAUUCCAGGUGUCCCGUCACCUGGUCAGAGCCAGCCGCAGACCAGAGCCAAAACCAAAGAGCGAGCUGUUUCAACUGCACCGAGCCGGCCCAGUAUGGCUGCCAUCCUGACCGACUGUGAUCCAAAAGCCAUUUAUGCAACUGUGAACAAGGAGCCCAGGGACUCAAGCGCAGUAUCUGGUAGGAUGCGUCCUCCUGGGGACCUGAAGCUGGCCCGUAGCCUCUCCAAGUCGGACUCAGAUUUGCUCGUGUCGCCUCCGAGUGAGGAAGACGGAGGACUCGGGAACCGAAGUGAAUCGGUUUCCAAUUGUAGCAGUGGGAAGAAAAGGCUUGAGAAAUCGCCGUCAUUCACCUCUGAAUGGGAUGAGCAGACACUGAUGUCCUCUCCCAGUACAAAAGCACCAGGAUCUAAUUCCUAUGACAGCAUCGAAAAGAUCAUGACGCUGAUUGGCGCUGGCAUCGACUUUUCCCGAGAUCAGCAAUACGCUACGCCAGGUGCCUCUGUCCGACUGCUGCAGCAGCCCGUGGGAGAUUGGCUGGAGUUGCUGGGGUUGCCUCAGUAUGAAAGCAAGCUGCUCCUCAACGGUUUUGAUGACCUUCACUACAUGGGGAGCAAUGUAAUGGAGGAACAGGACUUGCGAGAGAUCGGGAUCGCAGACCCAGGCCACAGAAAGAAGAUCCUGCAUGCAGCACGUUCCCUACCCAAGGUGAAAGCACUGGGCUGUGACGGCAGCAGUUCCCUCUCUUCCUGGUUGGAGAAUCUGGGCCUGAAUGAGUACCUUCAUAACUUCCUGGCCAGUGGUUACCGCACUCUGGACUGUGUCAAGAACCUUUGGGAACUGGAGAUUGUCAACGUCCUGAAGAUCACCCUGCUUGGUCACAGGAAGCGCAUUAUUGCAUCAUUAGCAGAGAGGCCUUAUGAAGAACCUCCCAUCAAGCCACCUCGGUUGUCUCAGAUCAGGAUGGACUCCUCCACAUCUCAGUCCAGGGAUCCUCUGCUUCCAGCCGGGGAACCGGUAAGGAAGAAAGCGCCAGAUAACGACUAUGACGUCGCCCAACGACAACGCCAUGAACGCCGCCGAUCACAUGAACGCCAAGAGGAGCGGCACCGGGAAUCCCGUCUGAUUCUUCGGCCGCCAAGCCUGGCGGCGCCGUACGCUCCUGUCCAGAGCUGGCAUCACCAGCCUGAGAAGCUCAUCUUUGAAUCCUGCGCAUAUGAAGCCAGUUACCUGGGUUCCAUGCUGAUUAAAGAGCUGCGGGGCACUGAGUCCACCCAGGACGCCUGCGCCAAAAUGCGGAAAUCAACAGAACAAAUGAGAAAAGUCCCCAUCAUUGUCCUCUCGAUCACAUACAAAGGUGUCAAGUUCAUUGAUGCAGCCAGCAAGAAUAUCAUUGCAGAGCACGAGAUCCGCAACAUUUCAUGUGCGGCGCAGGACCCGGAAGACUUGUGCACAUUUGCCUACAUCACCAAGGACUUGCAGACCAACCACCACUACUGUCAUGUAUUCAGCACUGUCGAUGUGAACCUUACCUAUGAGAUCAUACUGACACUGGGUCAAGCUUUUGAGGUGGCCUAUCAGCUGGCUCUGCAGGCCCAGCGGACCAAACAGCACCAGCACCUACCGUUGGGCACUGCUCCAGAGCUCAUUGAGACUAAGUCAGGCCGACCUGUGCCCAAACCACGAGGAAGUGUUCGAAAGUCAGGGGGUGACCUUUUGGAACAGGAUGGAGAUUCCCAGUCGCAGGGUGGCGCCACGUGGCUGGUGGACUCCAAGGAACCCAAGCGUACAAUCAGCACUAACUAAACAUUCCUCCCAGCCAGUAUAAAAGGACAAGCCUGUUGCAUGAUGGGUAGGAUGUUUUGUGGGGGGACAAAAGGAGCAUUCCCAACCAUCGCCAGUCUGGAGAUGGUCCGACCUCACAGCCGUCAUCGCUUCAAUUACCCUUCCUGCCCAUCAGCGAUGUUGCAUUGCAUACUGAGCGCCACACAAGUAUGUCUUCUUCUCGUGAGGGGUAUUUUUUUUUAAAUGUGUCUUUUUAAGAUGCAAAAGAUGCAUUAUUUAAUUUGUCCUUUAUCAUCUCAGCCUCAACAUAUAUAACUGUGAUCAGCAAUCUUGUUUCUUAGUGUAACCAAACUGAAAUGACCAGACGUAACACUACAAAGACUGUUUUCGAGGUAUGUAACAGGGUGCAGCGUUGGCGUUAGAACUUGUUACCAUGUAGUUUUAUUUUUUAGGACAUUGGAACUAAUGCAGCAACUUAAUUUGUCCCCCUGUUUCUUUGCCCAAAUAAUUGAGUGAGAUUAUUGACCAGAACUGCCAUGCAGGACAGUACUUUUUUUAUUUUAUUUUAUUUUAUUGCCACAGUACAAAAAUGAUAGGGAAAAGACUUUUCUCACUGUUAACGGUACUUGCUUGUCAGUUGAUGAGUAAACAGUAUAUCUACAUUAGCUAGCGUGUGAUUUUCAGUGCUCUACAUCAACAAGUACGUCCAAGUAUUCAGCCACGGGUGAGUCUAAUUAUUUUUGUGAAACGUGUAGAAAUCUUCCUUUUCAGAGUGGCUGUACUUCAUUUAUGUCGAGCACUGUACAGCCUUUUGGUUUUGCUGCAUUUGGUACGUUGUCACACCGGUUGAGUUAAUUUUACGGUACACUGUCUUUAACACUCCGGUGACGGCACCUUCGGCCGUCAGCGUGGUCCUGUUUUGCCUUUGCACAUCACUGAGGAUCGGAAUAAAUAUUUUGGGACAAAUCUGAUGCAAAUGAUAUUGUACAUGAAACUAGUGGUCUUUAUUUUGAUACUUGAAUGAUUUUUGCUUUUAUAGAUCUCUAUACAGUAUGUAAUAUGUAUGUAUGUAUGUACAAUAUGUAUGUAUGUAAUUUUUGACUGAUGUCAAAAGAGAUUAAAAGGACUAUGUCUUAUAAAGUUACACAUAUCGUUGUAAGCACCCCGUGAUUAUAGAGGUUGAGUGAACACGAGGGACCUCACUUUAGAAAAACAAAUAUUGUAAAUAAUCUUGGGCUUCCUGUUUUUUUUUUUAAUGAUUAUUUUCAUGAUUGUUCAAUUAAUAAAUUGCGCAGUUUGAGAA